AGGAGAAGACAGGUAUUUUGACCUUAGGACGGGGGACGCUUUCCCAUUCGGGUGGUGUCGUCGUCGUAGGUUGCUUCCUUUUAUUAUUCCGACAUUUUCCCUUUCUCUGUUACCGUAACAUCCGCCCUUGCCCCCAUUAUCCUUCAUCUUCAUCGUCAUCUUCUUCUUUGAUUCUUAGAUUAUUAGGAUUGUUUUCCGGGGAAGCUAACAACUACCUACGGCGACUGCGGCGUCCUCUUCCGCCUCCUCCAUUAUUAUUCUCCGACGUAAUGCAUGUUAGUAUUGAUAUAUCUAGGAAAAUCUCAGGCAAUGCAUUGGUGGCAGAGCGCCUUUUCCUCCGUCUAUUCCACCUCCUCCUCCUCUUCCGCCAAGGUACAUUCCGAUGAUAGCCUGAUUGUGUCCGGGGGUGGGGGGUGCGCCCUGAGAGGGGCCUUCUUCUUUGGCCGCAGCCGCCGCCACGCCACCAAGCGCCACCACCUCACCGACCAGGACAUAGAUACUUGUGUUCCCGUUAGAAAGAGCUCCAGCUGCGACAAUUCGCCGGCCAGGAUUUCUUCUUCCUCCUCCGGGACUCAACCCUCUCCCAUGCCUCUCCCGCUCCCGGAAUUGCAAACUCUCAUCCGCCAAGUCUCCCAUUCCUCCACCGAUUCUUGCAGUAUCCCUCUGCCUUCGCCUGAGGACUCCAUUCCCAAUCCCAAAGAUAGAGACGUCAAGAGAGACAAAACUGAUUCUCAUCCUUCUGUCAAUUGCGAUGGGCAAGGCGAAGGAGCUCUCUCCCUGCAGAGGUCACUAAACCAAGCUGCAAGAAAGAACACAGGAAAUCCUGAAAGUCAGGCUCGAUGCAGGAAGUCCCCUGGAGAGCCUAUUGGCACCAGAAGGACGACAGAAUUGAAGAUUCCUGCAGCCAUUAGCGCUCCAUCUAGUCCUUAUGCAAGUCCUUCGCACAGCCCGCUAAAUCAUGCCAGUUAUCAUUCCAGUCCAAAGUUCUAUACCCCUCCUACGUUUUUCCAAGGUUGGUCUGCCUCUGAGAUGCCUCAUUCCGCAGACCAUACUCUAGGCUUCCCUUGUCAGCUUUCACCGGACAAAAUGGCGUUUAGCAGUGAUAACUCUCCUCACCAUAGUCCAAGCCGCCCUGCAUCUCCUUCGCUGAAUAUAUUACCUAAUGAAACCUCAAUGUUGAGGCGUGACAGUGGCUCUCAGAGCAAUGUCCACCCCUUACCCCGCCCUCCAUCCGCUGCUGCACCAUCACCACAGCCUUCUCCUUCUCCUUCUCUGCCUGUUUCUCCUAUGCAAGAAUUGAUGCCCAUCAAAGGCCAAUGGCAAAAGGGAAAGCUCAUUGGGCGCGGGACAUUUGGAAGUGUAUAUGUGGCUUCCAACAGAGAAACUGGAGCUUUAUGUGCAAUGAAAGAAGUCGAACUAUUACCAGAUGAUCCCAAAUCUGCUGAAUGUAUGAGGCAAUUGCAACAGGAAAUUAAAGUUCUCAGCAACCUCAAACAUCCCAACAUAGUACAAUAUUAUGGAAGUGAAAUAGCUGGUGACAGUUUUUACAUAUAUCUUGAAUAUGUUCAUCCUGGUUCUAUCAACAAGUUCAUUCGUGAUCAUUGUGGAGCAAUUACAGAAUCUGUUGUUCGUAAUUUCACCCGCCAUAUCCUUUGCGGGUUGGCUUACUUACAUGGAACAAAAACCAUACACAGGGAUAUCAAAGGCGCUAAUUUGCUUGUGGAUGCAUAUGGUGUCGUCAAGCUUGCUGACUUUGGGAUGUCUAAACACCUUUCUGGACAAGCAGGAUACCUUUCUUUGAAGGGAAGUCCGUAUUGGAUGGCCCCCGAGCUCAUGCAAUUGGGUGCACAGGACAACUCUAAUUCCGACUAUGCUUUUGCUAUUGAUAUAUGGAGUUUGGGUUGUACUAUAAUCGAAAUGAUGAAUGGGAAACCGCCUUGGAGUGAGUAUGAAGGACCUGCAGCCAUGUUCAAGGUCCUAAAGGAAACCCCGCCAAUACCUGAUUCGCUAUCACCCGAGGGAAAAGAUUUCUUGCAGUGUUGUUUCCGCAGAAACCCAGCUGAGAGGCCUACAGCUAGCAUGUUAUUAGAACAUCGGUUUGUGAAGAACUUGUAUCAGCAGCUAAGUCUUCCUCAAUGUGUCCGGCCACUGAAUGGGUUGAUACUUACAGAUAAUCUGCUGCUUAAAAGAGAGAAUAAAAAUGAACUAUCUGCGAAAGAAGUGCUUAUGAAUCCUAGAUCAGAGUCGCCCUUUUCAUCCUCGUCGUUCUGCAUAUCGGGCUCUACAUGAACACACAUUCUCAAGAGGGCGCGGCCUAACUCAACCCCUGCCUGCAUCUGCCCAGUGAUCUCAACCUCGCUUCGCCUCGUUCCACUCUCGAGACCAUUCAAUUCCCACUUGGCCAAUUAUUCAACUGUUUUGCAGAUGAUUUGGGGGGCUUUUUCAGAUUCAAAAACAUGCAUGAGAUGAUCAGGUACAAGUGCAAAACUGCAAAGACAUUGGCAAAGGGAUCACCACUUAUUUUUGUUGGUUUCUUUUCCAGUGAGAGGUCACUGGAGAUGAUGUGUAUAUAUAUAUAUAUAUACCUCACAGACCAAUGUCUGCACAUACAUGCACUUUGUUGCAGCCAUAGGCAUUGAAGUUGGAGAAUGCAUUAUUGUAGGUUAUGUGCCUUGAGCAGAUGAGGUUUAUUUCCAGGAUACAAUAAUUUCUCCAUUCCUGGAGAUACUUACACUGCUUUCUUUCUUAUUCUACAAAUUGAAUGCCCAAUCCAACUCAAUUUAA